GUUUGCCAAUUUCCAGCUCGACAAGGAGGAACAAAAAAAAAGGAAGACUUUGCUAUAGACAUCAUACUCAAACGAACUGGUAUCCAGAGAACGGCAAACAAACGAGAUGACACUUACUUCCUCAAGCCAAGAACCUCACAUCAUCAGAUUCGCAUCGCCUAACCACCAUCAAGAGAUUUUUAAUUCCAACAUACAUCCUACGGACGACGAUGAACUGGUCAACACCUCCUAUCUCUUACUAGACCUGCCGCCGGAGCUACUGGAGCCAGUGAAAAAACAACUCCAGGGACACGACACAGGGAAUGCCGAUCUACAAAUGGAGCUUCGCGGAAGAAACGACGACGAAGUAGUUCUUACCACACCUGAUAAAACAUUUCAGCUUCGGACGGUACAGAAUAGUAACAGUGUGAUGAUAUGUGGGACCGGCAGUUUGGACGACGAGAAUCAGAAGUUGGGCUUGACCGUCUUGAAAGUGAUUCACGAGACGAUCGAAUUGAGUGAUGUCACGUCCUUCCCAGGUAGUCGGUUGGACAGGAUCAAGGAGUUGCUUCAACCUCAUCUCUACUCAGGCGAAACCAACGAAGCUGUAAGACGUGCAGAAGACUCGGAUUCGACCGACGCUCCAAUACCUGUCUCUUUGAGCUUCCUGUCCCAACAGAUUAGGGCAUCCGAUUCUGAAAUUCAAGACUACCUGAGACAGUUGCACGUCAUCGAGCUUGGCGGUUCCUUGCGAAUGAUUAGCUUGGGCUAUCUGUCAACUAUCCUAUCAGGAAUCUUGAAAUCGUUGGAUGAGCUAGGGGUUGGUCCACAUGAACAAUUUGCUGUCGGACCAGUAGUCGAUAUCAUCACAUCUCGUCUAGAUAUUCAUCAAGCUGCACUCCUACAGAUUUUACACAAAUUUUCAAUAGACUUCAAGAUUCAUGAACCGUAUGAUUCCUUCGAUCCAAAUCAAAAUGCAAGUUUGAAAUUACAAGAAGUCGUCAACUCGAUUGGUCUUGCACAAUUGUUAUGCAUCAAACCAACAAAAAUAGAAUCAAAUCAUAACCCAAAGGAUCAUCGAUACAUUCAAAAGAUGAACGUCGAAAGUUUUUUGGCGACUUGGACAUCGAAAUUACCCGAAGGUCUCUCCGAACAUUGCUCGAUUGAAAGCUUAUCAUCACAUUCAAUCUUAUCUAACGAUCAGAAGAAUAUAAUCGUGAUUCCAAUUGACAAGCUAUCUUUGGAGCCCAAGAUGAGAAUGUCACAGCUAUUUGAAAUCCAACCUAAAUGGAAGAUCGAUCAAAUCGAACGGUUCUUGACUCCUAUUACUGGAGGUGGCAUGAAGAAAAAAUUCGACGAAUUAGUCCUCAAGUUUUGUCGGAAAAUCAAAGAACCUUCUGCCUCUCAAUCCAAACAAAAUUCUAAAAAUUCGAACGCUCCGGAAACGGUUUGGCUAACUGCGAGGAACAAGUGGUAGUUAGUUGAUCACUCCCUCGCCCCUUUCCUCCUUUUUGUAAUAGAAAAAUAAAAACAUGUAAAGUUGUGCAUGGACGGGUUUCCGGAAUGUCACUAGAUGAGCUGCAUA